UGUUUCUGUAAUGUGUAUUCUACUAACGAUAAAACAUACCCGCGACCAUUUCCUUUUUUCUUAAAAUGAAUUUUUUAAUACACCAGAGAAUUAAAAAAAUUUUUUUUCCCAUUCAUUGAUGCAAGGAAACUGUUCAAUAGGUAUCUAAUAGAAACAAACGAAUUAUAGGUUAACGAUACAUACUGCUGUCACGCAUAAGUGACAAGGAAAGCCAAAAUGAAUUUAGAAUUAUUAGAAUCGUUUGGUCAAAACUACCCGGAGGAAUUUGAUGGAACGUUAGAUUGCAUAUCAUUAGCAGUAACUUGUACAUUCAACAAGAGAGGAACUUUACUUGCUGUUGGAUGUAACGAUGGUAGAAUUGUUAUUUGGGAUUUUCUGACUAGAGGUGUUGCCAAAAUCAUUAGUGCACACGUACAUCCUGUGUGUUCUUUAAGCUGGUCUAGAAAUGGACACAAAUUGUUAAGUGCCUCCACAGACAACAAUGUUUGCAUAUGGGAUGUUCUAUCUGGAGAAUGUGACCAAAAGUACAGAUUCCCUUCUCCUAUAUUAAAAGUACAGUUCCAUCCAAGAAAUCUUAAUAAAUUCUUAGUAUGUCCAAUGAGACAUGCAGCAGUAAUGGUUGAUGCUGAGGGCACCCAUAGAGUUAUACCUCUUGAUGAUGAUAGCGAUUUGAACAUAGUAGCAUCUUUUGAUCGUCGUGGUGAUUAUGUAUAUACUGGAAAUGCACGUGGAAGAAUUCUAGUUCUUGAUGCAGAAUCUCUAAUUGUAAAAGCAUCUUACAAAAUAUCGCAAGGCACUGCUAGUAACACAGCAGUAAAGAGUAUUGAAUUUGCCAGACGUGGAUCUUGCUUUUUGGUGAAUACAUCAGAUAGAGUAAUUCGUGUGUACGAUAGUACAGAAGUGCUGGCUUGUGGAAAGGAUGGUGAACCAGAACCGAUACAGAAGUUGCAAGAUCUUGUAAAUAAAACUAUGUGGAAGAAAUGUUGUUUUUCUGGAGAUGGAGAGUAUGUAUGUGCUGGAUCUGCAAGACAGCAUGCUUUAUAUGUAUGGGAGAAAAGUAUUGGAAAUCUAGUAAAAAUUUUACAUGGAACUAAAGGAGAAUUAUUACUUGAUGUUGUGUGGCAUCCUGUAAGACCGAUUAUCGCUUCCAUAUCGUCCGGUGUAGUUUCCAUUUGGGCGCAAAAUCAAGUUGAGAAUUGGUCUGCAUUUGCACCAGACUUUAAGGAAUUAGAUGAAAAUGUUGAAUAUGAAGAAAGAGAGAGUGAAUUUGAUUUAAGCGACGAAGAUAAAUCUGUUGUUCAAGGUGAAGAAGCCCAGGAUGAAGAGAUCGAAGUAGAUGUUGCAUCUAUUGAUAGAGUUGCUGCUUUUUGUAGCUCUGAUGAAGAGAUGGAAGAUAUUGGUUCACUGCAAUUUUUACCAAUAUCCCCAGAUGUAGAAGAUUCAGAAGAUAAUCAGACAACACCACACGAACCGCCUCUGAAAAAGCAUCGUUCUCACGAUAUUCAUUUACAAGGGGCUCCGGUAGAUGAAACUCAUCCGUUAUUGAAUAAAGGAAAGGACAAACCUACAACCAAAAAGGGCAGACCAAGAUUAGAGCAUAGGAAGGGAAAAUAAGUUAGAAUACAUUCUUUGUAUAUUUCUAGUGUUAAGAAAUAUUUUAUAAUGUACAGAUUCACUAAAAGUACUUCAAAUAUAUUAUAAGUUGUGGUAAUAUUUUACAUUGAUAAGAUAUACCAUAAAAUAUGUUACUACUUCCUAUGGAAUGUAUCUUACAUGUUGUUGCAUGUACUAUUCUUAUACAUAUAUGUGAUAUUGAAAGUGUAUAUACAUUAGCAUAGAUAACAUAUUUUCAAUUUCAUAAUUAUUUUUCAAGUAAAAGAGUAUACUUGAUACAAACCC